GUAGGUAUAAAUCAUUCUCAUUCAAGUGCACACAUUGUGAAAGCUUUUCAGCAAUUCAGAGCCAACUACAAUUCUGCUCAACAAGCAAUUUUUCCAUAUAUUUCAUUCAACAAGCCUCGUAUCAUACCCAGUCUUUAAUUACCGAUCCGGCUCUAAUUCAUUAUUUGUACUGCGGAAGCUAUGUCGUGGAAAGAGCUGCAGCCAGGAGUGUUCAGAAGACCUGCAGGCGAGAACGAGAUCAUGAUCAAGACCAUUGGAGACUUUGGUAAACCCUAUGGGCGUCAGCACUGGGCUAUCACGGUGACUGCCAAACUCGCCAUGGUCGGCCUCGCGUCUUCCUCGGCAAGCGAGGCGGCGGUUCGUCGGGCUUGGAUGUCAUGUAGGAUCAUGCACCCGGGCAUCGCGAGCGUCUUCCUGAAUGGCGACACCCUCCAAUACGUCGUGCCUGACGAACACUCAAUGCAGCAGUGGGCCGAUGAAUCCUUUUUUUGCGUCGUCAGCGCUUUGCCAGCAGAAUCCGAUGUGAAGGAAGAGGGGCAGCUGGACACUCUCCUGCAGCAGCUUGAUCCUACGGGCAUCGCGGUUGAUUCGAUUGGUUCUGCGACACUGCAUUAUCUCAAGCAGACAGGUCAUGUCGUACUGCGGAUGGCGCACUGGCGAACAGAUGGUCACGGUGCCGUUCAAAUUCUGAACGACCUCGUGUCACUGAUUGCUGCCGAGAUGGCGCCCGAGGCUAAGCAGCGCGCAGUCCAGUGGGGCCAUGAGACAAGUCGUCUUCCCCCGAGCGUGGAGGUGGCUCUGCUGAACCCACCUUCGCCUCCUCCGGCCCCACUUGCCAACGAGGCCCGCAGAUGCCUGGAAACCACCCUCUUGGCGAAAGACGCGAUGUGUCUCCACUUUCGCGGCGAUCCGUCCACGCCGCCGGGCGGGACUCGUUGUGUUGGCCGUCGACUGUCUCGCACCGUGACGGAUACCAUUGUGCAGGCAUGUGCAAGGGCUGGCGUGUGUGUCACGGCGGCUGUCCAUGCAGCCAUUGCUUGCACUGCCGCCCAAAACCGUUGCGAUGGAGACGAAGGGCUAUUCGUCAGUACAAUCAGAGCCAGUCUGCGGCCGGCAGUGUCAGCAAGUCUUGCAGACCUCCCAGUUCAAGCGGCGGGCUUGUAUACAGCCGGAUGGCUCGUCGGUGUGUCGGCAUCUGCAUCAUGGGCAGAGCAUGUGGUCUUCUUCCAACAGCAGUAUGGUGGCCGCCUCACUCAGGACUUCCUCCUUUCCCGCCGAGAAUAUGCCACCCAGAUGCUGGGUCGCAUGCGACCUGCCCAUGCUCAGGAUGACGCUCGGUCUCCUCGUCAGCCACAUGCAAUGGCUCCUGCGGUUCCAGAUCAUUCCACCCGUGCAACGCUCAGGCUACUCACACACAGGGGCACACUGGCCUGCUCAUCGAAGGCAUUUCACUUGGCGUUGAGACUGUGACACGACACAUCUACUGCUUUCUAUGGUUGUUCAAGGGUGAGCUGAAUCUCAACAUGGUUUACAAUGAAGCCUACUACGACCAAGCCGUGGUCAGUGGGCUGGCAUCGGGUAUUGUGGAAAAUUUACUCUCUGGACUAGAGUUGGGCAAUUGAUGUGUGUACUGAGCCACUGCAGCCCCCAUGCUCACUGCUUCUCGCUUUUCCUGGGCCAAGAUCAGAAAAUAAUACGGUGUCCCCAACUCGCUGCCCAAUUCUCAAUUCCUACCCUAGGGUAGGUUUAUUCAGAUCCACAUUUUUUUUUAGGUCGAAUCUUAGGUGAAAGAAGAGUAGUGCCCGUCAUUAUCUUAACCCGCAGCCGGAUCCGAUGCCAACAGUUAUGCAGUGACACAUCUUUAUUAGCUCCGAGUCAAUCAAAUUGACGCUGUCAAGCUCGUUUCACACACAAUUGUUC